AUGGGAGGAGAGUGUCAGGGCUACUGGCCCCCAGGUCGGGAGAGGGCAGUGUCUGGCCGCGCGACUGCAAGGAGUGAGUGUGGUGUGAGGCUGGCGCAGGAGCGGGCUGGGAAUGUUAGGAGGUCUGGGGUAUCGCGGCCCUGCGUCCUCUUGGCUGGACUAAAAGUCUGUGCAGUUCUCCCCGGACCUGGAUUGUGCGCCCAGCGGCAGGUGCUUGGCGAUCUGUGCUCGAUGUGCCCGCGGGGCUGUGGUGGGAGCCCUGUCUGCACGGGAUUCUGUGUGGCUGAGCAUGAAUCCAGAAGAGGAGAGAACUGCCGUGCAUCUGAAGUGAUGGCAGAGUAUGUGCGCAGCUCGUGUGACAUCGUUGUGAGUCUGGAUCUUUCUCCAUCAGUUCUGGUAGCUAAGGAACAAGGAGAGUAUGAUUUUGUCCAUGAAUUUCACAAAUGGUAUAUUUAUUUGUGAUUUCAGGGCUUGAAGUUCAAAGAUGUGGUCAUUUACUUCUCUCAAAAGGAGUGGGAAUGCUUGCACUCUGCUCAGAAGGAUUUGUACCGAGAUGUAAUGUUGGAAAAUUACGGCAACCUGGUCUUACUGGGGCUUUCUGAUACUAAGCCAAAUGUGAUCUCCUUAUUGGAGCAGAAGAAAGAGCCCUGGUUGGUUAAGAGGAAUGAGACAAAAGAAUGGUGUCCAGAUUGGGAGUUUGGAAGAGAAACCAAGAAUUUCUCUCCAAAGGAAAACAUUUAUGAAAUUAGAUCACCGCAACAGGAGAGGGUCAGAGCCAUCAGAGAAAUCAGAUGCCAGGUGGAGAGACAACAGGGUCUCCAGGAGGGACAUUUCAGACAAGCUGUAAUACCAUUUACUUCCGUGCAGUGCACAGCCCAUAGAGAACAUCACUGGAUUCAUACUGGAGAGAAAUCCUGUGAAUGCAGGAAAUGUAAGAAUGCUUUCAGGUGCCAGUCAUGUCCUGUUCAACAUGAAAUAAUUCAUAAUAAGAAAAAAGACCCUAAAUGUGGAGAACAUAGGAAAAUCUUUAAUGGUGGAUCAGACUUGAUUAAGCAUCAGAGGCUUAAUGAAAGCAAAAACCAUAGUGAAAAUAACAAAUGUGCCUUUAAUUGUGAUUCUGGAAUUACUCAACCUCGGAGCGUUAAUACUGGAGCGUUAAUACUGGAGAGCGUUAAAUGUAAGGAAUGUGGGAAAGCCUUUCAUUCCAGCUCACAACUUAGUCAGCAUCAGAGGAUGCAUCUUGGCGAGAAACCCUGUAAGUGUAGGGAGUGUGGGAAAGCCUUUCCAUCCACCGCACAGCUUAAUCUACAUCAGAGGAUCCAUACUGAUGAGAAAUACUAUGAAUGUAAGGAGUGUGGGAAGGCCUUUACCCGUCCCUCACACCUUUUUCGACAUCGAAGAAUCCAUACUGGUGAGAAACCCCAUAAAUGUAAGGAAUGUGGGAAGACUUUUCGUUAUGACACACAACUGAGCCUUCAUCAGAUAAUCCAUACUGGUGAAAGACGCUAUGAAUGCAAGGAGUGUGGGAAGGUGUACAGUUGUGCCUCACAGCUGAGUCUACAUCAAAGAAUUCAUACUGGUGAGAAACCCCAUGAAUGUAAGGAAUGUGAGAAAGCCUUUAUCUCUGAUUCACAUCUUAUUCGACAUCGGAGUGUCCAUACUGGGGAGAAACCCUAUAAGUGUAAGGAAUGUGGGAAGUCCUUCCGUUGUGGCUCAGAACUUACCCGACAUCAGAGAGCUCACACUGGUGAGAAACCCUAUGAGUGUAAGGAAUGUGGAAAGGCCUUUACUUGUAGCACAGAACUUGUUCGACAUCAAAAAGUUCACACUGGGGAGAGACCCCAUAAGUGUAAGGAAUGUGGGAAGGCUUUUAUUCGAAGGUCAGAGCUCACUCAUCAUGAGAGAAGUCACACUGGUGAGAAACCCUAUGAGUGUACGGAGUGUGGGAAGGCCUUUGGUCGUGGUUCAGAACUUAGUCGACACCAGAAAAUUCAUACUGGUGAGAAACCGUAUGAAUGUCAGCAGUGUGGAAAGGCCUUUAUUCGGGCCUCACACCUUAGUCAACAUCAAAGAAUUCAUUCAGGAACCAGGAGUGAAUGAAGAAAUGAGGGAUGGCUCAGAAUUUGAUUAACAUGAGAAAAUUCAUACUGAUUUGGAAAAA